GAGUCCGCACAAAACGACGAAGAAGCCCAGGAGGACGACGGCGACGGCGUGCUUCAUCACGUAAAGUCCCGCCAUUUGUCGGAAGACAUUUCCCAAAAGUCACUCGGAACCGGCGGCGCCAUCGCUUCACUUUGACCGACGCGGGGGAGGAGGAGCAUGCUGCUCCCGCGCGGACCAAGAUUCUAGAAUGUUCACACGCCGUUGCGGCGGUGCGGAGCUGCUGCUGGUUCUGUGCGGCCUGGACGCGUCGCUGCCGUGCCCGCGCCACUGCAUCUGCUACACGUCGCCCAGCACCGUGUCGUGCCAGGCGCACGACUUCCAGGCCGUGCCCGAGGGCAUCCCGGCCGACAGCCGGCGCAUCUUCCUGCAGAACAACAAGAUCGGCCGGCUCCUGCGCGGACACUUCCCGCCGGCCGCCGCCAUGCUGUGGCUGUACUCCAACAACAUCUCGUACAUUCAGCCGUCCGCCUUCCACGGCUUCCGGCUGCUGGAAGAGCUGGACCUGGGCGACAACCGCGACUUGAAGGCGGUCGCCGCUGAGACCUUCCGGGGUCUGGACCGACUGCGCGCCUUGCACCUGUACCGCUGCGGUCUGCUCAGCCUGCCGCCGGGAGUCUUUGCCGACCUCCACGACCUCCAGUAUCUCUACCUGCAGGACAACCAGUUGGAGUUCCUGGAGGACGACCUGUUCAUUGACCUGCUGAACCUCAGCCAUCUGUUCCUGCACGGCAACCGCCUGUGGAGCCUCCACCAGAACACCUUCCGGGGCCUGGGCGCCUUGGACCGCCUGCUCCUGCACCAGAACCGCAUCCAGUGGGUGGACCGGCAGGCUUUUCAUGACCUGGGGCGCCUCACCACGCUCUACUUGUUCAACAACUCCCUGACGGAGAUGUCGGCGGGGAGCCUGGCUCUCCUGCCUUCCCUCGAGUACCUCCGCCUCAACGACAACCCUUGGGACUGCGACUGUGAGGCGCUGCCUCUUUGGGACUGGCUGAGGAACUUCCGAGGAUCCACUUCUUCAUUGGUGUGCGUUUCGCCUCCAGAGAUGGAGGGGAAAGACUUGAAGAUGCUGAGGAAGGAGGAGCUACCCACUUGUCUGAAGGGAGAGGGCGGGCCAGGCGGUGUCACCGGUGGCGAUUCAUUGAACCACCUGAAUCGUCACCGGAGCCGUAACAACCAACACCAGCGACCGUACCUGCCCCAUGGUGAUCAGCACAACCUACCGCCACCCUCAACCUUGCCACGGCCACCCAAGGGGGGCCGCGGGAACUGCACCCGGCGGGGUCGCAAGGCCAAAGUGGGGCCCAACGAGGUGCGGCUGCUUGGCAAGGGGAAGGAGAAAGACUUCAGGGAUAAACAUGACGGGAUGACCACUGCCAGGAGGAAGAACAAGUGUUUGCCAAGAACUUCAGUGGGCCCCCCCAGUGGGGUCCAGAGGGCCACUAGUGCGGCGGCAGCACCCUUUGCUGGGGGCUUUUUCUGUUUAGCGCUGCUAGCAUCACUGCUAACUCUGCACUGACCCAAGACUUGGUCACUUUGGACCUUGGAAAAGGGACUCACAAGUCCAUUGUCAAGAGUACAAAGGCCCAGAACGUGUACUGUGUACAGUCCAAAAUUUGUGCAGAAAUGUCUCAGUCAGGGAAAAUAACAUACUCCUUUGAUGUCUGUGUAGAUUCUCAAGUCAUUCAGGUCAUGAUAAUCCACAAAGGUUGAAUGGAGGCUGCUGGACUUGUUCUUGUUUGUUGAAGUCAUUUCACCUUUGUUCCAAAAUGCUUCAGUUCUUAAUUUUAGGUGUGGCGUCUCGCUGUUAACGGCUAUGGUGGGUGUAUCCCAUUAGGGCGAUCAUUUGCAUCUUGCGUCUGUCCUGACAUCUUCCCCCCUCCCCCCAAGACAGUUGGUCAUGACGGUCGUUCCCCAGCCAUGACUGGCAAUGACAACAACGCCAGAGACAUACUAAAUAGUGAGACUCCACAUCUAAGAUUUAGAACUCAAGAAGCCUUUUGGAUUAAACAAAAACAAGAGUCCAGUUGCCUCCAUUCAACUUUUGCGGAUUACAAUUUUGAGGUGUACAUAGGAAAGAUGGUACACAGUGGGAGUGCCUAACAAGGACCUCGCCAUCCUCAAACUUGGAGACUUACCGUCAAACUUCUCAAGAAGGCUUUCCUAAAUGCUAGAUCUCGGACGGUGCCCCAUCAAUGGACUGCUUGGCCAUGUUUAUGGUCUUGGGAACAUGGUUCUUGGUUAUAGCCCAUGGUCUUGGCCAGAGUCAGUGUCUUGACUGUAGAUCAUGGUUAUGGUCCAUGGUCUUGGAUCUGGGUGUUAGGCUGUUUUUUUUCCCUUUGACUGUGACCACAAUCAUGCCAACACAAGCACAAAGAUUUUUUGUGUGUGUGUCAUCAUAAAUGUUAAGAAGACCACUGGAGAUAAACUGGAGACCAGGAGUGUGGAUGCUUGUGUAAUGUCACCUGAUGAUGUCACCUUGGUGGUGUGUGAUGAUGUCACUUGUAUCUUCUGUCCUGUGAAGAGGAGUUUGUAAUAGUUGAAAUCCUGUUCUUGUUUCUCCUCCAACCUCAACUCUUCCAGUCCUUCAUUUUUUACCUCCAUUCUCUCCUUAUCUCCAUCUUCACCUCCUUUUGUGUCAAUUCUCCCCCUCAUCUCCUCUGCCCCCAACUCUUUCAUUCUCCUCCAUCGUCUCCCACAGCAAAUUUCUAAACCUCUCUUCCACCUUUUUCUCAUCUCCUCCACUCAUUUCUUUCUCUAUCCUCAGCUCCCCACAACAUAUCUCCUCCAAGCUGUCUUUUCCAUUUUCACCUCUUCCUUUGUCCUCUGCUUUCAAAGCCAAUCUUCUCCAGCUUCACCUCCUCCAACUCUCGUUUUCCACUCAACUCCUCCACCGUUCCCUCUCUUUUCCAUAUCAUCCUGCAGUCUCCUCCCCCUUUAUCUCCCAUCUUCUCCAGUUCGACCACAUUGUCACCAUCUUCACUGUCUCACAUCCCUCUCAUCCACCACCUCCAUCCUUACCUUUCCCUUUAUUACCUCCCAUCUCCUCCACUUGCUAUUUUCUUCAGUUUCACUUCAUGUUACUGUCUUUUUCUCCACCCUUUCCAUGUCCUCCACCAUUAUAUCCUAGCUCCUCCACCCUUGCCUCCUCCACCUUCAUCUCCUAUCUUCUCCAGUUUCACCACCUGCUGACACCAUCUUCUCCUCCGCGUGUUUUCCUUCUCCUCAACCAUCCAUGUUCCAUUAUCACCCCCACCAGUUGUCUCCAUCACCACCUCCUCCCUUCCACAACACAAAUACACAGUUUCUAAAUAAAAAACAGGUGUCCUCAAACAA